GGGAAAGAGUAGCUGUGCAGCUUCCUGCAGUGUUUUUGCCAUUUUUGAUCGCUGCAGUCAUUGUUACUGUAAUGCGGAACAAACUGCUGCCGUCUCAGAUAUCAAUACAUCAGUUUCGUGCAGUUCUCACUGUUACAGAAUAUCACUGACCAUGAAUCACAUCCUUUAGAUUCUCUACCUGCUGACGGGAGAGUUCUCUUUGAGGGAAGAACUUUUUUAGCAGCAGGAAUCCACCUUUAGGCGCUCCUAUCACACUACACGCAAAUUAUCCCCAGAGCAUACAAUAAUACAACCACGCUGAACGCUGAGCACUUAACGCUGAAAAACCAGUGGAGCCCCAGUAUUGGUCCGUACAAAGAGGUGCAACGAAAGGCAGCCUGAGGAUUGGAGGAUUCCGAGUGGAGGCGUUUGGAGUGAUGGCGCACGUGGUACCUGUCUAAGCUAUCCGGUUGGAGGAUCAUCUGUUGUAACUUGGACACGCCCCCUGGUGGGCGCGGAAGCACGGUGCCUCUGGAAAAGUGCCGGGUAGCGGUGGACGAGAUACGGAGAUACAGAUCAAGGUAGAGGUGUAUAUGAUACCGGCUCUACUUACAAGGAUCCUGCUGGAAUUUAGAAGCUCCCCGGGUGGAAGUCAGCAGAGGUGAGACUGUAUCUUUUGAUUAUCUCUACUGCAUACAGAUUAAAAUGUACACUUGCUCUGGGUACACUGCAGCUUAAGUUGCUGCGGUGUAUGAAAGGAAAAAAGUUUCUUUGCAUCAUCUACCUUGUUUAUGUAACUGACCCUCUCAUUUUGCUUUUGGUAUUGUGCUGCUACAUAGUGGAUCAGAGCUGUGACGUAAGGUAAAGUCACGUGAUCACCACGGAGGAGCCACACAACACGCCAAACACACUCUUGAAAAACUCUGUUGUAGGUCAGUGUUACUGUGACAAGGUGAGUUCCUGUUACUUCUUGGAGUAUUGGGGCUGACUAACGUGUGACCAACAAGAUGACGACUGAGAAGAACCAAACCUCAGAGAUCUGCAUGCUGACUGGGGAGGAACAAAUGGAGUUUGAUGAAGUUGCAGUUUAUUUCUCGGAGGAGGAGUGGGGCUGUUUAACUGAAGAACAAAAAGAGCUUUAUAAGGAUGUGAUGAUGGAGAAUUACCAGACCCUCAGCUCUCUAGGAUAUGUUCGCGUGAAACCUUUACUUGUUACAAAGAUUGAGCAUAGAGAGGAGCCGUAUGUGAGCAGUUUUCCAAUUAAAAAAGGUGGAUUCACAAACUGCAGUUAUCCUAGUCAUGCUCAGAGUGCAGAUUCUUCUUUCAAUCUUUUCAAAAAUCAAAGAAGUCACAAAGGAAAUGUAUGUUCUGAAUGUGGGAAAUGUUUCACAGAGAAAUCAUUUCUUUUUGACCAUCUGAAAUCUCAUACAGGAGAGAAAAACAAUUCAUGUUCUGACUGUGGCAAAUGUUUUAUUUGUGAAUCAGAUCUUAUUAUGCAUCACAAAAUUCACACAGAAGAAAAGGCAUUUUCAUGUUCUGAGUGUGGGAAAUGUUUUACUCAGAAAUCGCAUCUUGUUACUCAUCACAAAAUUCACACAGGAGAAAAAGCAUUUUCAUGUUCUAACUGUGGGAAAUGUUUUACUCUGAAAUCAGAUCUUAUUAGGCAUCACAAAAUUCACACUGGAGAAAAGGCAUUUUCAUGCUCUUACUGUGGGAAAUAUUUUACUCGGAAAUCAACUGUUAUUAGGCAUCAAAGAAUUCACAAAGUAGAAAAGAAAUUUUCAUGUUCUGAGUGUGGGAAAUGUUUUAAUCAAAAAUCAUAUCUUAUUAAGCAUCACAAAAUUCACACAGGAGAAAAAGCAUUUUGUUCUGAUUGUGGCAAAUGUUUUAUUCGUGAAUCAGAUUUAAUUAUGCAUCGCAAAAUUCACACAGGAGAAAAUGCAUUUUCAUGUUCUGAGUGUGGAAAAUGUUUUACUCAGAAAUCACAUCUUUUAACUCAUCGAAACAUUCACACCAGAGAAAAGGCAUUUUCAUGUUCUGAGUGUGGGAAAUGUUUUAUUUAUGAAUCAUAUCUUAUUAUCCAUCGCAAAAUUCACACAGGAGAAAAAGCAUUUUCAUGUUCUGAGUGUGGGAAAUGUUUUACUCAGAAAUCACAUCUUUUUGCUCAUCACAAUAUUCACACUGGAGAAAAAGCAUUUUCAUGUUCUUACUGUGGGAAAUGUUUUACUCGGAAAUCAACUCUUAAUAGGCAUUACAAAAUUCAUACAGGAGAAAAAGGAUUUUCAUGUUCUGACUCUGGGAAAUGUUUUACUCUGAAAUCAACUCUUAAUAGGCAUCACAAAAUUCAUACAGGAGAAAAAGCAUUUUUAUGUUCUGACUGUGGGAAAUGUUUUACUCGGAAAUCAACUCUUACUAGGCAUCACAAAAUCCAUACAGGAGAAAAAGCAUUUUCAUGUUCUGACUGUGGGAAAUGUUUUACUCUGAAAUCAACUCUUGCUAGGCAUCACAAAAUUCACAGAGGAGACAAAGCAUGAUCUGACUGUGGGAAAUGAUCAAUAACAGUUGAUUUCUGAGUAAAAUAUCAGAAAAUUCAUACAGGAAAGAAAGCAUUUUCAAGUUCUGACUGUGGGAAAUGUUUUAUUCAGAAAUCAGAUCUUAUUACACAUCACACAAUUUACAUAGGAGAAAGGGCAUUUUCAUGUUCUGGGCGUAGGAAAUGUUUUACUUGGAAAUCAACUCUUUUUACACAUCAGAAAAUUCAUACAGAAGAGAAAACCUUUUCAUGUUUUGACUGUGGGAAAUUUUUAAGAUUGAGAUCUCAUUAUUACGCAUCACAAAAUUCACACAGGAGAAUAGUAAUUUUCAUGUUCUGUCUGUGUGAAAUGUUUUACUCAGGAAUCGUAUCUUAUUAUGCAUUACAAAAUUCACACAAGAGAAACAACAUUUUCAUGUUCUGAGUGUGGAAAAUAUUUUAUUCAGAAAUCAGGACUUAUGCCUUACAAAAUUCACAAAGACUAAAAAGCAUUUUUAUGAUUUUACUGUUGGUUCUAACUAUGGGUAAUGUUUUAUUUGAGAUUCAGAUCUCAUUAUUACGCAUCACAAAAUUUACACAGGAGAAAAGUAAUUUUUAUGUUCUGUCUGUGGGAAAUGUUUUACUCGGAAAUCAUAUCUUAUUAUGCAUUACAAAAUUCACACAAGAGAAACAGCAUUUUCAUGU